UCAGCAUUUGAAAUGGUAGCAUGUUUCAACAUUGAGUCUACUCCUUGGAGACACAUCAGCCAACCAGCCGAGGGCUUUGGCUACAGAGUGAUCCAGGAUAGUGCAUCACGUCUGCUGGUAAGCGCCCCUCUUGAGCAGCAUACUGUGGAUAGGAGAGGACAGGUUUACCAAUGCCAGGUCUCAUCCAGCUCCUGUUCACCGCUACCUAUAGACGUUCCCUCAUAUGGAGUGAAUAUGUCCCUUGGCCUGUCAAUGAGCAAGACUGAAACGUCCCCAAAGACAGUGGUUUGUGGUCCGACUAUCCCUAAAGAGUGUGACAGCAUCAAUCUCUAUGGCGGGAUGUGUUUCAGCAUUAGUCCAUCACUGCAACAAGAUGGACCGCUGCCGUCUUCUCCUGAAGAGUGCAAGGCUACAGAUAUUGCCUUCUUACUGGAUGGAUCUGGAAGUGUGGGACGUGACCAGUUCAGUACCAUGAAGAAAUUUGUGAAAGAUCUGAUCAGAAAACUUCUGAAGCAGAACACCAAAGUGAGCCUGACUCCUUCCUGA